AUGUCGCAACAUAACGUCAACCUUGUGUGCUGGAACGUGAGAGGGCUAAAUAACCCCUCGCGCCGGGCUGCGGUUCGUGACCUCAUCCACGACACCCACACCACCAUCAUCUGCAUCCAGGAAACUAAGCUGCAGGUUGUCGAUGACCGCCUCAUCCGUGACCUGCUCGGCCCUUGUUUCUCCGCCAACUUUGCCGUGCUGCCGGCGGCAGGCACUAGAGGGGGUAUGAUUUUGGCGGUCUCCGAAGACUUCUUCACGAUCUCCGACGUGCCCCUCUCGGCUCACUCGAUCACGGUCACCGUCACCAUGCGUAGCGAGGGGGCAUUGUGGUCCCUUACGUCGGUCUACGGGCCACAGGGUGACCAGGAAAAGCUCCUCUUCAUUGAGGAACUCAAGCUUCUGCAGCCGGUUGUCAAAUCGGAGUGGAUCCUUCUCGGGGAUUUCAAUCUCAUCGCUAAAGCUGCGGACAAGAAUAACACGAACAUCAACCGUCGUCUCAUCGGCAAAUUCAGGGGUGCCCUCGACGUCCUGCAGCUCAAAGAAAUAAACCUUGGUGGCCGCCGCUUCACCUGGUCCAAUGAGCAAGAGAACCCUGUCCUCGCCAAGAUCGACCACGUCUUCUGUUCCGACGAUUGGGACAUGAUGUUUCCAAAUGCCCUCCUCUUGGCGAUCGCUAUCAUCAAGGAGGUCAUAUGGCGCCUUGACCUUGCGGAGGAGUGCCGUCCUCUCUCGGCGGAGGAGCGGACCUUGCGCCGUCACCUUAAGAGCAGCUACCUGGGCCACCUUUCCAUCCAAAAAAUCAAGCUGUGGCAGCGUUCCCGGCUCCCGUGGAUCAAGACGGCUGAUGCUAACACCAAGCUCUUCCACAUCCGGGGUCACUUUGGUGUGGCCACUGCGAGGUCCACCUCCCUCGACUGGGCCUCACUUGGGUAUCAGGCGGCCGACUUGUCCGCCCUCGACGCUGACUUCACUGAAACGGAGAUUAAGGAGGCGGUGUUCUCCAUCCUCUCGAUCAAAGCUCCUGGGCCGGAUGGCUUCAUCGGCGCCUUUUUCAAGUCAUGCUGGGAGAUUAUCAAGGGCGAUGUGGUCGCCGCCAUCAUGCGGAUGGCCGAUCUGAGGGGGGAUUGCAUGCACCUGCUCAACUCUGCCAACAUUAUUCUCCUUCCCAAGAAGCCGGACGUGGCGAGGGUCAGCGACUACAUGCCCAUCAGUUUGAUCCAUUGCAUGUCCAAGAUAUUCUCCAAGCUCCUGGCUCUGCGUUUAGCCCCGGAAUUGGGAACUCUGGUGUCUAGCUGCCAGAGCGCGUUCAUUAAAAGGCGAUGCAUUCACGACAACUUCCUCUUUGUCCAGAACGCCAUUAAAGCGCUGCACGGAUCUCGCACGCCUAGCCUCUUCCUGAAGCUUGACAUUUCCAAGGCUUUUGACUCUGUCGACUGGGCCUUCCUCCUCGAGGUGCUCGAGCACUUGGGCUUUGGGCAGCGUUGGAGAGACUGGAUUUGUCUCUCAUUUGCCUCGGCCUCGUUGCGUGUCCUCCUGAAUGGUUGCCCGGGGACUCCCUUCUUACACCACCGGGGACUGCGGCAGGGGGACCCCCUGUCGCGCAUGCUCUUCAUCCUUGCAAUUGACCCGCUCCAAGUCAUUCUCCGCCGGGCGGAAGAGGUUGGCCUUAUACAGCCUGUGGGUGCUCGCCCGGUUCGCUGCAGGAUUUCCUUGUACAACAAUGACGCCGGCAUCUUUGCCAAUCCUCUCAAGGAGGAGAUUGCCACCAUUUCGGCCAUCCUGCAGCAUUUCGGGGAACCGAGCGGUCUCAUCACGAAUGUGUCAAAAUCCGAGGCCUUCCCGAUUAGGUGUGAGGGGGUCGAUUUGGCCCACGUUCUGGAGGACUUCCCCGCUACGAUCGCCACCUUCCUUGGCAAAUACCUUGGCUUGCCUCUCCACUUCCGUAAGCUGCACAAGAUCGACUUCCAGCCCCUCAUUGACAAGGUUGGCGGUCGCCUCAAGGGUUGGAAGGGUAAGAACCUCUCCCGGGCGGGCCGUGUCACGCUUGCCAAGGCAGUGCUGACAUCCAUGGCGACCUAUCAUCUCUCGGUGAUCAAGCUCCCGAAAUGGGUCAGGGUUAAGCUGGAUCGGAUCUCGAGGGGUUUCAUCUGGAAGGGCGACGACAGUGAGACGGCGGGCGGUGGACACUCGCUCAUCAACUGGAAGACGGUAUGUCGGCCGAAGCCCCUUGGUGUCCUGGGAAUCACGGACAUUGAGCGUUUUGGGCGUGCCCUAAGGCAACGCUGGCCAUGGCUCAAAUGGACUGAGCCGAACAGGCCUUGGGUGGGUUCCUGCCUGCCUUGCGACAACACGGAUAUGGCUCUGUUCCGGGCGUCUACUAGGAUCACGGUGGGAGAUGGGAACAUGGCACAAUUUUGGCUCGAUAACUGGUCUGGCGAGGGGGCCUUCUGCUCCCGGCCCCCUGAACUUUUCAAGAUCGCAUCUUGGAAGAACAGAUCUGUUUACAAGGAAUUGCUCAACGGGAACUGGAUUAGAGCCGUCGGUCGCCUCUCCUCCCUCCAGCAGCUACGUGAAUUCCUGGACCUGGCUAGGAUCGUCUGUUCCACCGUCCUUGAUCCCAACUGA